UGAUUUCUACUUGUGUACUACAUUUAUAUGUACGCCAAAAUUGUCUUGAGGUACGUUGUACAACAGCAAUCUCACCAAACAUUCUUGCCGACUGGUGGUCUGGCGUCGCGAACCCCGGGAUUAAUUCAGCCAGAUUGCAUGGUCACUGCCAACUCACUGUGUAUCGAAAUCUCAGAGAAAAAUUCAACUCGGUGACUAUAAAGAACAGGCUGACCUCACGUUUCCUUUGCUCUUCACCCAUCACAUCCAUUACCUUGCUAUCACUAUUUAUACUAGAGUUUCGAGAUCACUAGCAGUUAUAUCGAGGCGAUGCAUUUAAUUACCACUACGAUCGUCAUCUUAUCGGCUUGCGGGGCCGCUUUUGGCAGGCUGGAGUGUCCUAGAGCCAGACCUCAUGGAAUGUGCGGUACUCCGACCCCAGACGGAUUAAGCUUGAUCAUGUCUAAUUUAACGCCAACGUAUGAGGCUGACCCUCUGGUCUAUGCUGGCUGUCAAACUACUCCUUACUGUGGCGAUGAUUGGAUGUGGAAAAGGGUGGAUGCUGCGAUGGGCAGUGGUGAGGGCAUUCCAAAGGAUGCAACUUUCGACCAACACUGCCAGGAGAUGCCAAAAUAAUCCGGAAAGCGUUCAAAUCUGGGCGCCUUUUGAGACUCCUAUAUUCUUGUCUAUCUACUAGCUCAUAGCUACGAACCGAAUCGAUUGUCGUGAAAUGAGCACUUUAUCAGGAAAUCUUUGUGCUGUGAUCUGUUGGGCCCUUUGUAUGCGUCUAUCGCUUAUUUCACUUGCCGCUGUUUUCCUUUCUUUUCCCCCGAGCCUCCCGUUCAUUUCACUUGAAACCAGCGACUAGACCUCUUUUGGGACUCGAUUGUGAAGUCUUUGUUGAAACUUGACACCUGG